CAACCGUAGUAGGCUACCCACCUCAUCAUCCUUCUCACCGAGACCAUCAUCAUACGGCGCUGCUGAUCAUUUCAGCAGGAGGACAAGAGUGUCUACGAAUUAGAUUUAUUUUAUGUUAGUGUGGUACGCUAUCCGAGGUGAAUGAGUUAUCCGGUUGCGGUUCUUGCGGUGCUGGCCGCUUGCCUUUGCGGUGUGCCUCUCCCGGUGGCUUGUAGUGACCAUCUAAAUUACAGACCAAUCAUUGGUAAGCCAUUUGAAAUCCAUGUAGGGUGAAUGGGUAUGUAUGUAUCUCAGAAAUGCUCAUUAUGUAAUGUCUUGAUCUGUUUUAUUCUAGAAUGUUCUGGGACCAUAUUGUACCAAUGUCAGCAUGAAACUGUCAAUUUUAUGGGAAGUGGAAAGGAUGAACUCUCACUUCAGAAUGACAUCUUGACUGUAGAUUGUAUAGAUUAUUUAAAAAACUCUUAGAUUUCAUGUUUUUCAUUGAUCAACACGAUUCCUCGUGUAGCCAUUGUAUAAUUAUAGACUACUCAAUAUUUACAUAGGGAGUUCCUUUUGUGUAGCCAAGUAAGGUUAAUGGCAUUCAUGAAUAAAGGUUUCUAGCAACAAAGCAGGUUUUGUGAAAGUAGGUUUUAAAGCAGUUUAUAUAUGUAAAUGCCCCAAAAUAAUGUAGGCUAAGCAACUAAAUAGACUCUUGAAAUCGCCUAUAGACGUUGCCAAUCAUGACUGAGAGAGAGGACAGUUAAGACAAGCAAUGAAUCUGUGAGAUGAUGAUGGUUCUAUUAACCACACCUCUUUACAUUAAGGCCAUCCCUCAGCUUUACAGCAGACCAAGUGGCUGGGUUGCUGGUUUCGUAUUUUUCAAAAGAGUGGUCUUGUUGUAAGUCUUGUCCAAGCCAGAACGGCCCAUAGGGCAGGAGCCUAUCUCCUGUUUCUGUAGCGUGAGGCAACUUGAUGUACAACUACAUCCCCUGGACAGGAUGCUAGUCUUGUUGUUGUACUGUAAUGUAAAGUGUAAUGUAAUCUGUUGUUGUAAUGUAAAGUGUAAUGUGUUGUAUUGUAAUGUAAAGUGUAUUGUAAUGUACAAUGUGAUGUUGUAAUGUAAAGUGUAUUGUCAUGUAAAGUGAAUUGUAAUGUUAAGUGAAAUUUAAUGUAAUGUAAAGUGUAUUGUUAUUUCAGGAGUCCUGGCCCAGGAGAACAUAGUGGGAGACCCUCAUGCUCAGGGAUCCUCCUACAUCGCUGCUUCCUAUGUAAAGUACCUGGAGAGCGCUGGAGCCAGGGUUGUCCCCAUAAGGUAUGUGUGACUGACGCGCUUCGAACCGGGGUCUCUAGAAUGCCAGUGCAUUAUCCCGGGGUCUCUAGAAUGCCAGUGCAUUAUCCCGGGGUCUCUAGAAUGCCAGUGCAUUAUCCCGGGUAAGCCAAAGCAUAGUGAUUUACUAGGAGACAAGGCAUGAUGAAAGGCUUUGAAAUCCACCUCACUGUUUUUUCUCAGUGUCUGUUGAGUGUUGUUGGCUGCUUGUAAUAAUUUACUUCCUUCCUUCCUCUAAUAGAAUAAACAGAACAGAUGAAGAGUAUGAGAAGAUAUUUAACUCAAUAAACGGGUGAGUGAAAUUAUUGUUCACUUAUUAUAUAACUGUAAUCAGAUACCUUCAUGGGAAUAAUUAAAAUGUGAAGGACUAUAGGCUAUUUGAAUGUUUCUGAUUGAUUGAUUGAUUUUGAUUAAUUGUUUGCUUGGUUGAUUGAUUUUGCUUAAUUGUUUGCUUGCUUGGUUGAUUGAUUUUGAUUUAGAUUAAUUGGUUGAUUGGUUGGUUGAUUGUUUACUUCAUUGUGAUUGAUUGAUUGGUUGUGUUAGGCUGCUGCUACCAGGAGGGGAUGUAGACCUGCAGACGUCCCAGUUCAGUCGACUGUCAAAGAUCUUCUAUGAUCUGGCUAUCAAGGUACAUAAUACAAUCAAUGUAUCAAUUCCAUACCCACCAAAAUGCUAUUUGGUUUUUUAUCCUUCAUUGACGAUAAAUGUAUUUAAUUGUUUUCAAUAACUAUAAAAUGGUUUCAAAGAAUUAAUCAACAGUUAAAUAUCCAAAUAUGGUACCCACAGUUGAAGACACUAACAGCGGGUUCCAUUUUGCUCCCUACCUCUUCCCGUUGUCCCUAACCUUUCUAUGUUUACAGAUCUGAAUAGGUAUAAGCAGUUUAGUGGUUCAGCUUCCACUAUAUUACUUCUACCUGUUGAGCAGCACCUGUUGAGCAAUACUCCUGUUGAGCAAUACUCCUGUUGAGCAAUACUCCUGUUGAGCAGUACUCCUGUUGAGCAAUACUCCUGUUGAGCAGUCCUCCUGUUGAGCAGUCCUCCUGUUGAGCAGUCCUCCUGUUGAGCAGUACUCCUGUUGUUUCAUGCUCUUGUUUUGUCAUUGUCUUCCAGGCCAACGAUGCGUCGGAUUACUUCCCCAUAUGGGGCACGUGCCAGGGCUUCCAGCAGAUGACAGUACUGACCAGCAACAAGAACCUUCUGACUCUGACAGAGACCAAGGCUGUGGCCCUGCCGCUCACAUUCACCCCAGGUCAGAGACAACACUGUGUUUCUGCAUGCUGUAUGUGUAUAGGCCUGUGUUUGUCUAUGAAUAUUGAUAUUGGACCUGUACACUGCACAGACCAAGUUUUCCCUCAUAGGAGUACAAGAUCGUGUUCAUUGGGCACCAAAUAGUAAACAAAACUGACUGAAACCAGGAGGGACUACCUGGACGUUUUAAAGCAUUUGACAUUGCGUUUUACAUUGCCUGCCUAAAUGAUAAAGUCCUCUUGACCAAAAUGAACUGAUAAUUGAUCUUGCCAAUGGAUUUUCGGCCUCUGCAGUUGAAACAAUAACAAAGCGGUCACCCCACCUCUGUUUUGGUAAAAAGCUGAGGGAUGGGCCAGGAUUUAACUAACCGCUUUCAAAUUCAUAGACAGAGCUAUGGAUGCAAGGACUGACCAUCCAUGUUAUCAAAAUGAUCGUUUUAACCAUGUUUUGAGGCUAAGAGUGUUUGUUUACAUUUAAGUUGUUUACAAAUAUUGGCGCAGAAAAAGCUUAUAUUUUGGGUUCUGAUGGGGUACGGCAGUUGAACUAAGCUUUUAUAAGGCAUUUAUACGUUAUAUUCUUCAAGAAUCAAUGGGUAUACACUACCGUUCAAAAGUCUGGGGUCACUUAGAAAUGUCCUUGUUUUUGAAAGAAAAGCCAUUCUUUUGGCCAUUAAAUUAACAUCAAAUUGAUCAGAAAUACAGUGUAGACAUUGUUAAUGUUGUAAAUGGCUAUUGUAGCUGGAAACGGCUGAUUUUUAAUGGAAUAUCUACAUAGGCGUACAGAGGACCAUUAUCAGCAACCAUCAGUCCUGUGUUCCAAUGGCAUGUUGUUUGCUAAUCCAAGUUCAUCAUUUUAAAAGGCUAAUUGAUCAUUAGAAAACCCUUUUGCAAUUAUGAUAGCACAGCUGAAAACUGUUGUGCUGAUUAACGAAGCAAUAAAACUGGCCUUCUUGAGAUUAGUUGAGGAUCUGGAGCAUCAGCAAUUAUGGGUUCGAUUACAGGCUCAAUAUGGCCAGAAACAAAGAACUUUCUUCUGAAACUCGUCAGUCUAUACUUGUUAUGAGAAAUGAAGGCUAUUCCAUGCGAGAAAUUGCCUAGAAACUGAAGAUCUCGUACAACGCUGUGUACUACUCCCUUAACAGAACAGCGCAAACUGGCUCUAACCAGAAUAGAAAGAGGAGUGGGAGGUCCCGGUGCACAACUGAGCAAGAGGACAAAUACAUUAGUGUCUAGUUUGAGAAACAGACACAGGUCCUCAUCUGGCAGCUUCAUUAAAUAGUACCCGCAAAACACCAGUCUCAACGUCAACAGUGGAGAGGCGACUCCGGGAUGCUGACCUUCUAGGCAGAGUUGCAAAGAAAAAGCCAUAUCUCAGACUGGACAAUAAAAAUAAAAGAUUAAGAUGGGCAAAAGAACACAGACACUGGACAGAGGAAGAUUGGAUGAAAGUGUUAUGGACAGACAAAUCUAAGUUUGAGGAGUUCGGAUCACAAAGAAGAACAUUUGUGAGACGCAGACCAAAUAAAAAGAUGCUGGAGGAGAGCUUGAUGCCAUCUGUCAAGCAUGGUGGAGGCAAUGUGAUGGUCUGGGGGUGCUUUGGUGGUGGUAAAGUGGGAGAUUUGUACAGUGUAAAAGGGAUCUUGAAGAAGGAAGGCUAUCACUCCAUUUUGCAACGCCAUGCCAUACCCUGUGGACGGCGCUUGAUUGGAGCCAAUUUCCUUCUACAACAGGACAAUGACCCAAAGCACAGCUCCAAGCUAUGCAAUAACUAUUUAGGGAAGAAGCAGUCAGCUGGUAUUCUGUCUAUAAUGGAGUGGCCAGCACAGUCACUGGAUCUCAACCCUAUUGAGCUGUUGUGGGAGCAGCUUGACCGUAUGGUAUGUAAGAAGUGCCCAUCAAGCCAAUACAACUUGUGGGAGGUGCUUCAGGAAGCAUGGGGUGAAAUCUCUUCAGAUUACCUCAACAAAUUGACAACUAGAAUGCCAAAGGUCUGCAAGGCUGUAAUUGCUGCAAAUGGAGGAUUCUUUGACGAAAGCAAAGUUUGAAGGACACUGAUUAUUUCCAUUAAAAAUCAUUAUUUCUAACCUUGUCAAUGACUACAUUUCCUAUGCAUUUUGCUAUAUUUCCUAUUCAAACUCAUUUCAUGUAUGUUUUCAUGGAAAACAAGGACAUUUCUAAGUGACCCCAAACUUUUGAAAGGUAGUGUAUAUCAUUACUUUAUCAGUCAAAAACUUGAUGUAGCAACUAAGGAUUCUAGCUUUAGGGGUUUCGUUAUGUUUGUUUUGACACAGCUUCCCAGAACAGCCGCCUGUUCAAGGCCUUUCCCAGAGACCUGCUCCAGUCUCUGUCAGAAGACAACAUCACCUCCAACUUCCACAGCUGGAGUCUAUCGCUACAGGUACUGACUGACUGACUAGGUUCUGACUGACUACUUACUGACUGACAUACUACAGGUUCUGACUGACUACUGACUGACUGACUACAGGUACUGACUGACUACUUACUGACUACAGGUUCUGACUGACUACAGGUACUGACUGACUACUUACUGACUGACUGACUACAGGUACUGACUGACUACUUACUCACUGACUGACUACAGGUUCUGACUGACUGAUGGACUGACUGACUACAGGUACUGACUGACUACGUUCUGACUGACUGACUAACUACAGGUUCUGACUGACUGCUUACUGACUGACUAACUACAGGUACUGACUGACUGGCUGACUGAAUGACUUACUGACUACAGGUUCUGGCUGACUGACUGACUACAGGUUCUGACUGACUGACUUGCUGACUGACUGACUACAGGUUCUGACUGACUGCUUACUGACUGACUUACUAACUACAGGUUCUGACUGACUGGCUGACUGAAUGACUUACUAACUACAGGUUCUGACUGACUGCUUACUGACGGACUUACUGACUCCAGGUUCUGACUGACAGAAUGACUUACUGACUACAGGUUCUGGCUGACUGACUGACUACAGGUUCUGACUGACUGACUUGCUGACUGACUGACUACAGGUUCUGACUGACUGCUUACUGACUGACUACAGGUUCUGACUGGCUGACUGAAUGACUUACUGUCUACAGGUUCUGACUGACUGCUUACUGACUGACUUACUAACUACAGGUUCUGACUGACUGGCUGACUGAAUGACUUACUGACUACAGGUUCUGGCUGGCUGACUGACUGACUACAGGUUCUGACUGACUGACUUGCUGACAGUCUGACUGCUACUGCACUACAGGUUCUGACGACUGGUACUGACUCAGUUCUGACUGACUUACGACUACAACUACAGGUUCUGACCACUAUGACUCGUUCUGACUGAAUGACUUACUAACUACAGGUUCUGACGGUCUGACUACAGUUACUGACUGGACUGCUACUGGACUCCAGGUUCUGACUGACAGAAUGACUUACUGACUACAGGUUCUGGCUGACUGACUGACUACAGGUUCUGACUGACUGACUGACUGGCUGACUGACUGACUACAGGUUCUGACUGACUGACUUACAGUUCUGACUGACUGCUUACUAACUACAGGUUCUGACUGACUGGCUGACUGAUGACUGACUACGUUCUGACUACUGACUACAGGUUUCUGACUGACUGCUUACUGACGGACUUACUAACUACAGGUUCUGACUGACUGGCUGACUGAAUUACUUUCUGACUACAGGUUCUGACUGACUACACGUUCUGACUGGCUGACUGACUACAGGUUCUGACUGACUGCUUACUGACUACAGGUUCUGAACGACUGUUUACUGACUACAGGUUCUGACUGACUGCUUACUGACUACAGGUUCUGACUGACUGACUGAAUGACUACAGGUUCUGAUUGACUGACUACAGGUUCUGACUGGCUGACUGACUGACUACAGGUUCUGACUGACUGACUACAGGUUCUGACUGGCUGACUGACUGACUACAGGUUCUGACUGGCUGACUGACUGACUACAGGUUCUGACUGACUGACUACAGGUUCUGACUGACUGACUGAAUGACUGACUGACUACAGGUUCUGACUGACUGCUUACAGACUUGCUUUAGGGAAGGGAGGGUAAAAAAGGACAGAACAAGUAAUACUGUUUCUGAGAAUUAAAAUCAUAGUUCAAACCACUGCAUCAUAAUACCACCUCAAGCAGUCCCUGUCUGAAGCUAUCUGAAAACACUUUUGAAUGUCUGUGCGUCAGUUACCAGAAUAUAUCUUGUUCUAUCCUCUUCUGUUCUCCCAUGACCUAGACUAGAGCAAGACAUGUAUUUCUCAGCAUCACUAUAGUGUAACAUAGAGAUACAUUAAAUUAUGUGUUCUAUUUAAUAACAGUGGCAAGAAAAAGUAUGUGAACCUUUUGGAAUUACCUGGAUUUCUGCAUAAAUUGGUCAUAAAAUGUGAUCUGAUCUUCAUCUGUUACAACAACAGACAAACACAGUGUGCUUAAAUUAAUAACACACAAAUUAUUGUAUUUGUCUUGUCUAUAUUGAAUACAUCAUUUAAACAUUCACAGUGUAGUUUGGAAAAAGUAUGUGAACCCUUAGGCUAAUGACUUCUCCAAAAGCUAAUUGAAGUCAGGAGUCAGCUAACCUGGAGUCCAAUCAAUGAGACGAGAUUGGAGAUGUUUGCUAUUCACAAGAAGCAUUGCCUGAUGUGAACCAUGCCUCAAACAAAAGAGAUCUCAGAAGACCUAAGAUUAAGAAUUGUUGACUUGCAUAAAGCUGGAAAGGGUUACAAAAGUAUCUCUAAAAGCCUUGAUGUUCAUCAGUCCACGGUAAGACAAAUUGUUUAUAAAUGGAGAAAGUUCAGCGCUGUUGCUACUCUCCCUAGGAGUGGCCGUCCUGCAAAGAUGACUGCAAGAGCACAGCGCAGAAUGCUCAAUGAGGUUAAGAACAAUCCUAUAGUGUCAGCUAAAGACUUACAGAAGUCUCUGGAACAUGCUAACAUCUCUGUUGACGAGUCUACGAUACGUAAAACACUAAACAAGAAUGGUGUUCAUGGGAGGACACCACGGAAGAAGCCACUGCUGUCCAAAAAAAACCAUUGCUACAUGUCUGAAGUUAGCAAAAGAGCACCUGGAUGUACCACAGCGCUACUGGCAAAAUAUUCUGUGGACAGAUGAAACUAAAGUUGAGUUGUUUGGAAGGGACAAACAACAUUAUGUGUGGAGAAAAAAAGGCACAGCACACCAACAUCAAAACCUCAUCCCAACUGUAAAGGAUGAUGGAGGGAGCAUCAUGGUUUGGGGCUGCUUUGCUGCCUCAGGGCCUGGACAGCUUGCUAUCAUCGACAGAAAAAUGAAUUCCCAAGUUUAUCAAGACAUUUUGCAGGAGAAUGUAAGGCUAUCUGUCCACCAAUUGAAGCUCAACAGAAGUUGGGUGAUGCAGCAGGACAACGACCCAAAACACAGAAGUAAAUGAACAACAGAAUGGCUUCAAAAGAAGAAACUACGCCUUCUGGAGUGGCCCAGUCAGACUCCUGACCUCAACCCGAUUGAGAUGCUGUGGCAUGACCUCAAGAGAGCGGUUCACACCAGACAUCCCAAGAAUAUUGCUGAACUGAAACAGUUUUGUAAAGAGGAAUGGUCCAAAAUUCCUCCUGACUGUUGUGCAGGUCUGAUCCGCAACCUACAGAAAACGUUUGGUUGAGGUUAUUGCUGCCAAAGGAGGGUCAACCAGUUAUUAAAUCCAAGGGUCCACAUACUUUUCCCACCCUGCAAUGUGAAUGUUUACACAGUGUGUUCAAUAAAGACAUGAAAACGUAUAAUUGUUUGUGUGUUAUUAGUUUAAGCACACUGUGUUCGUCUAUUGUUGGGACUUAGAUGAAGAUCAGAUCACAUUUUAUGACCAAUUUAUGCAGAAAUCCAGGUCAUUCCAAAAAUGUUCACAUCAUUUUUCUUGCCACUGUAUAUUACUGUAACCUUUUUGAUUCCGGAACAUUACAAAAUAAGUCAUCAACGUUAUGAUUCAUGUCACCAGAACUACAGCCGGAAUUCCAAACUGAAACGUUUCUACAAGGUUCUGACCACCAACACAGACGGAAGGAGACAGUUCAUUUCUACCAUGGAAGGUACUGUACAGUGUCUGAGCAUGGCUAGAGAGACUUUAGGUCACAAGGUUCAUUUGGCCAUCAAGUGAGUGAUGUAACCAUGGGAUCCCUGCAGCGGCCGGUGUGUAAAAUGCAUUCACCUCAGUGUAUUGAUUAUCAAUCAAUCACAAGACCCCAGGUCCUAGUUAGCCACACUGUAACUGGAGCCUAGAGGUUCUAUUGACAUGCUGAACGUUUUCAUUGGUCUGCUUUCUUGUUGUAGGGAAUCGCUACCCAUUUAUAUGAUGUUCCAGUGGCUAUACUGUAACUAGUGCCUAGAUUGUACAUUUUUAAUCUGUUUCCUGUCUGGUAGCGAAUCGCUAUCCGUUCUAUGCUGUCCAGUGGCACCCUGAGAAGAGUCCCUUUGAGUGGGUAGAUAAGCCAGGCAUGGUCCACUCUGCUGCCUCCAUCAGAGCAUCCUUCUACACAGCACACUUCUUUGUCUCCGAGGGUGAGUUAUUUUAGUCCACUUUUCUUUAACCAGGCAAAUCAGUUAAGAACAAAUUCUUAUUUGCAAUGCUGGCCUGGUGAGUGACUGUAGAUGAGUUAUUAGACUGUACAAUGCUGGCCUGGUGAGUGACUGUAGAUGAGUUAUUAGACUGUACAAUGCUGGCCUGGUGAGUGACUGUAGAUGAGUUAUUAGACUGUACAAUGCUGGCCUGGGGAGUGACUGUAGAUGAGUUAUUAGACUGUACAAUGCUGGCCUGGGGAGUGACUGUAGAUGAGUUAUUAGACUGUACAAUGCUGGCCUGGUGAGCGACUGUAGAUGAGUUAUUAGACUGUACAAUGCUGGCCUGGGGAGUGACUGUAGAUGAGUUAUUAGACUGUACAAUACUGGCCUGGGGAGUGACUGUAGAUGAGUUAUUAGACUGUACAAUGCUGGCCUGGUGAGCGACUGUAGAUGAGUUAUUAGACUGUACAAUGCUGGCCUGGUGAGUGACUGUAGAUGAUAGUCCAGUUAUUAGACUGUACAAUACUGGCCUGGGGAGUGACUGUAGAUGAGUUAUUAGACUGUACAAUGCUGGCCUGGUGAGUGACUGUAGAUGAGUUAUUAGACUGUACAAUGCUGGCCUGGGGAGUGACUGUAGAUGAUAGUCCAGUUAUUGGACUGUAGCUGUGUUGGACCAUUAACCUGUACAUGCCAUCAAGUGAGUGUCGUAACCAUGGGACACCUGCAGCAGCGCAACCAUAUGGUCCCAUGUGGUUGUGCUUUAAUUUAACUCCUCCUUUUGACUAUCAUUGUAAUGCAAGAGAAUGGUUGGCUACAGCACAUCCAGUAGGCCUGUAGAGCUGGGCGCAGGCUAGCAUUAAACACAGUUAGCUAACAUCUUCUGUUCUUCUACUCAUCCUCCUGAUCACAGCCAUGAAGAAUCAUCACAAGUUCUCUUCAGCCAGUGAGGAGGAGAGGGCUCUCAUCUACAACUAUGCUGCUGUCUUCACAGGUCUGGAUGGUAUAUUCGUGCAAAAUUAUUAUUUUGAUUAGAUUUACAAUUGAUUCUAGUCUAUGUACCUUUGCUAAUGUAAAACAACUGUAUGUACUUUCUGUGAAAUUUACAUUUGUAUUUGAGCUCUGAUUGUAGCUGUAAAAACUAUUGUUGGAAUCAGUGGUUAUUGCAGUUGAUGCAAGUUGUUGCUUUUGUAUGAUAUUAUUGUAAAAGGGUUACCCUUUUUGAUGUGAUUUCAAGUCUUGAGAACUUUGUAUUGUUUUUAAAAUGUUUGUUUAAAUGUUAUACCAUUGGAUGUUAUGAUGCAGUGUUUUAUUAAUGGGAAAAUAUGUCAAUUCUACUGCCUUCCAUGUGAGAACCAUUACAACAACAUGACUGAAACAUAAACAGAGCAAAACUGCCUGCACACAAAUCUUUAUGAAAUCAUCUUUUUUUAUGCAUAGAAAAGUCUUGGUCUAAGGGUUUUUCGGAAUGGUAAAACGUUUUCAGUGUAAACUUAAACAACUAAAACCAGAUCUAAAGAAUGUAGAAAAUAACAGACCUAUAUAUUUUUAAUAACUAACAUUCACCAAAAUAAAAGUUAGCCUGGGAGAAUUAAAAAUUCCCCAAAUGAUGCAUUCAGGAGUAUGUUUGUCAUUGCAUGGGGCCAUUUUGUUAUAACAUGAGUCACUCAUAUAGCAUAAGCCAUGUCAAAAUGUGUAGAAUUAGCUUUAAAACUACACAUUUUUCUCUCAGCCCAUGGAAAGAUAUGUAGAAUUGCAGGAAAUUUGCUUUAAAACUGCAACAUUUUAUCUCCGCUACAUGGCAAAAUGUGAAGAAUUUGCUUUAAAAACACCCACCGCCUAAGCCCCAUUUGGAUCCAGAAAAAACCCUGGAAAUACAUUGAUAACACAUUUUUAGAUGUGAUGAACCACAAAAGUGUUUUUUUAUUGUUAACUCACCCAUGUGUCAAAUGGACAAUAAAAUAAAGCAAACAAAACCUUGUUGACAUUGUUUCUUAUCAUAUAUUGGGCCAUCCUCAAGCCAUCAUCAACCAAUCAGC